AUGAAGCUGGAUAGCACACCAGGAGACAUGAGCAGGUGGAGGGAGGUAGACUUUGCCUUGAACUGCACCUACAUUGUGCCGGACCAGGUGUCGGACCCGAGCUUCAACCUACCCAAAGCAAUGACCUCCAUCCCGCGCAACCUCACCUUUGAAUACAGCACAGACAAUGAGGUGACUGGUGUUUUCAGUAAAGAAUACAUUCCUCAGGGGACACGCUUUGGCCCCCUGCAAGGAGACAUCUACACCAAAGACAACGUCCCCAAACAGGCCAACAGAAAAUACUUUUGGAGGAUUUACAGCAGUGGUCAGCUCCAAAAUUUCAUCGACGGCUACGAUGUGCACAGAAGCAACUGGAUGCGUUACGUAAACCCAGCUUGCUCUGUGGCCGAGCAGAACCUGGUGGCGUGUCAGAAUGGCAGGGACAUCUACUUCUACACCAUCCGGCCAGUGGAGCCAAACCAGGAGCUACUGGUGUGGUACAGUCAGGAGUUUGCGCAGAGACUCUGCGGCCAACAAGCGGACAUCAAAUACAAGUACACAAGUUCUGAGGAAGAACAUGAGCCAGAGUACACCAAACAGCACCUACCUCAGCAGACAUGGCUUCAAGAAAGAACAAAAGAAGAGGUGAAAGAAGAGAGGGAUGAUGAUGGAGAGGAGAAGAUUGAUGUGGAAAUGUUAGAGCGAGACACUCCGCCUGAUACACCUGACGACCAAAUCAUGGACUUCAGCAAAAAGGUUGAGAAGGAGGAGCCAAGCGACAGAGAACCAGAGGACCAGGGAAUUGUUCCUUCCCCUCAACCUGAUCACAGAGAACCAAGCUUGGGCUUAAGUCACCCUUACAUACCAGAUCACCAUCCUUCACUCCCACCCUCCCACAGAAGUCUUCCUCUUCACCUUCAUGGUCUCUAUGGGCACAGGGAGGGCCUGGUUUCCUCUUAUCCUCUUUACCCCCAGUCCAGGACCCUCCAACCUGCUUACCAGCUCCUUCCUUCCUUCAGCUCGCACUAUCCUCGUCUCAUUCUCCCGUCCUACUCCCCUCCCUUUCCUGGAAUGCUGCCCUCAAGAGAAUCCCUCCGAUACAGCAGCUAUCUGGGUACAGAUGGUCUCCCGUAUCCACCUAUUGGACAGCCCAAUCUUCUUCCAGUGUCCCUCCCCUACCCUCCGUCAUCGCAAGGUGGUCUGAAAGAACUCACACCAAAUGUGUCGCCACCACGAGGUGCCCCAGCCACCCCAGAGCUCUCUCCUGUCCCCAAGCCUGGCAGUCAGCAUCAGUCUCCCGAGCAGUCUCCUUCUGGUUGCGAGGAGGCCAUGAAUCUUAGCCUGGCUACCACCAAAACCAACACAGCACCACGCAAUGGCCCUGGCCACAAAUCCCUGCCCUACCCACUGAAGAAGCAAAAUGGGAAGAUCAAGUAUGAAUGUAAUAUCUGCUCAAAGACUUUUGGCCAACUCUCAAACCUCAAGGUCCAUCUCCGAGUGCACAGUGGUGAGAGACCAUUCCAGUGUAACCUAUGCAAAAAGAGCUUUACUCAGCUGGCUCACCUCCAGAAACAUCACCUAGUCCACACAGGGGAGAAACCCCAUGAAUGUCAGGUGUGUCACAAACGCUUCAGCAGCACCAGCAACCUCAAAACACACCUCCGGCUCCACUCUGGGGAAAAACCUUAUCAGUGCAAGCUUUGCAACACCAAGUUCACCCAGUACAUUCACCUAAAACUGCACCGCCGCCUCCACAGCAGCCGGGACCGUCCCUACCGCUGCCAGCUCUGCGCCCAGACCUUCUUCCACCGAUUCUCCCUCCGCAUCCACCAACGAAGCUGCUGUCUGGCAAACUCCAAUGCACCCAUCAACGUACACAUGAAAGAGAUGGUGGAACGGUUUGACGCCAGCCAAGAGGCUGACACUCUCACGGAGACGGCAACAGCGCUACAGGUGGAAGAAGCUGUAGAGCGCUGGUUGGCACGUACCUUGGAAGGGGAGGGGAAGGAGGACCAGAAGGAGGCCACUGUUCUGCUUAAAGCUUUAACAGCGGCUAUUAAUGCACCAACAAUACCACUGGCCCAAUCAGCUCUACCUUCAUCUCACCACAGCCCUUCACCAGCCUAUCAAGAGAGGGCUAGUGUGGUUCAUCUCCACAAACGACCAACUGUAAAGACAGAAGGACAGUGAGAAGGGUUUGAAGGAAGGGGAAAUAAAUAAAAAAGGACAUCUGCAUUUAACCAACCAAGAAAACAUCGCCAAAUAAAGCUUCCUUUGUUGUCCCAAAAAGACAAGGGAAAUAUGAACUUCCACAAUCCAAUGAGCGCAGCACCAAAACAAGAGCAAUCCAAAGACUGAGCAAGUUAUUCAGUGAUUGUACUUCCUCUCAGAGUCAGUUCUAAGAAUACAAAAACAGAGAGGAUGUUGUUAAACUGUGAAGUAUUACAACUUUUUCACUCAGGUAGAGAACUGUUUGCUUUUUGUGCUUUAACUUAUUACCUUUAUAAACUUGAGCCAUUCUUAUUUAUUUAGUUGUAUCAUAGUUUGUGUUUUUCUGCUAAUAUGUUUUCCUAUGUGUUGACAUUUCCAAGAAGACUGAAUCUCUUGGAAAAACCAAAAAUCGACUCAGGAAAAACAGUUUGCCACAAACCUGUGUACUGUGCAUUGUUAUACUUUGUGUGUUUGAGCUUUGGGGUGUGUGUGUUUGAAACGAUUGGAAAUUUUUGUAUGAAUGACAAAGCACAACACCCUCCAUGUUCCUUUCUUUAUGCAACUAUUUUAUUUAUUUAUGCUUAAAAAGGUUAAAGCUGGUAAUGUGGAACUGUGUUUAAUGCAAUUGCCAAAAUUAAAACAAAAACAAUAAGUACAGUAUGCUGAUUUUGGACUACUGCACUCACUAUUUCACUCAUUGAAAGGCACAAAAAGGCUUAAAAGAUGUUCAGAUAAAGCAUUAAUCUUCCUUUUCUUGAUAAUUUCAAGUCUUUUCACAGCUCAUUUAAUUGUAAAUGAUCAAAGAUGCACUGUGCUGGAUAAAACCAAAUGUCAACAAAGGAAAAAAAACAUAUUUAUUGUAUCUUAGCAUUACAAUGAAAUGUUUCUCCAAAAAGGGCUUUUUUCUUUGUCACUGCGAUGUACUACUGCUUUUUUGCUUUGUAGCAUUUUACUGGUUUUGAUAUUUCUUACAUACAAAAAGCUUUACUGUUAAUAAUUGUAAACUUGAGCUUCAUCCAAAUCCUACUGUAGACAUCAGAACCUCAUACUCAGUGCUGGACAACAUUAAAUAGCAACACAGUUUAUACCUUGGUUAAUAUUUUUGUUGCUUGGCACUGAAGAAAACUGUAACUAGAUCUGUGUACAUUCUGUGUGACCUAAAAGGAGAAGACAGGAAUUGAUCUUGAACAUCUAACUACUGAGACAGUAAUGUUUUAUCAUGCUGUAGUUUUCUUUUCUCUUGUAAAAUAUGUUUGUCUGUGUAGUUUAUUUUUGGAAACAGGAUAUGAGAUGUUGAGAAUUUAUAUCUGAGAGACUAUUUUGAUGAUACUUUUAUAUUUACAUGUAGCAUAUUAAAGAUAUUGUUUCUACAUACA